AACAAAAAAAACCAUUGCUUCCCUUUCACGGUGCUCCCUCUGAGACUUCCUUAUCUUCUUCGUCUCCGCCUCAUGGCCUCUCAUUCUCGUUUCUUCUCUCACUCAGCUACUUUCAACUCCCUCUCUUCCAUCCCUCGCCCUCCGCUCUUCUUCACGCCCAGGUGCUUUCCGAAUGGACUUUUGGUUAGAAGUGUGUUUUGGCUGAGAGCGUUUAUGUCAUCCAGCAUUACCAAUGAAGCUUUUCAGGAAACCAGCAGCAGCCCAAAAGCAUAUGGCUCUGAGCAAAUCCAGGUACUGGAAGGCUUAGACCCUGUUAGAAAAAGGCCAGGAAUGUAUAUUGGAAGUACAGCACCUUGUGGUCUGCACCAUUUGAUUUAUGAAACAUUGGAUAAUGCGGUUGACGAGGCGCAAGCUGGUUAUGCCACCCACAUGGAUGUUAUUUUACAUCCAGAUGGUCCUGUGAGCGUAGCUGACUAUGAGCGAGGGGUCUUACAUGCUGGUGGCAAGUUUGGUGGUUCAAGCAGUGGGUAUAGUGUGUAUGUUGGAUUGCACGGUGUGGGUUUAUCUGUUGUUAAUGCCUUGUCUGAGGAAUUUACUAAACACGAUAGGAGAGCUUUUUUGCAUCAGAAGUAAUAAACUGAAGGUUGUGAUCUGUGCACCAAGACUGACCCCCUUCAGCUUCACAUGUUACAGACCAGUGUUGUUGUCAAUGGAUAAUUCUCCCAUUCUUGAAAAGUUUCUUUCACAGCAUUCCAGAUUGCUUGUGAGAACAAGCAUUUCCCUUUUCUAAACUGGAGUCAUUGAAAGUAGUGAGAGGACGACAGAGUUGCAAGAGGAUUCCUCCAGAAGUGAUGAACUUUUUGGUUCAGGGCUCUCCCAUGGCCGAGGAGCUUCUUGCAAAGUUCCAAAAGGUGUGUAAAACUGAGAGGUGCUUAACUGUUAUCGCCUUGUAGUAGUGUUAAUUGCAUUCCUUUUUAACUCCCAAAUGGUGAUAUUUUGCAAGCUGAAAAGAGCUUAACUGCUAUCUCUCCGUCUCUCUAUUUUUCCCUUUUUUUUUUUUUUUCCUAUAAUACGUUGUAGCCGGAAAAGAAUGUGUAAGCAGCCUAUGGAUGAUUGGUCAGAUGUAUGACACGGUAGAGCAAUAUGAUGUUGUGGCCUCAUUUUGUCUUCUGCUUUAGUUUGUUUUCCAGCUUUUUUUGUUUAAAACAGUUUGAAUUAUAAAACAGAAUACUUAUCUUAAUAAUACUAAUUAGUUUAGAAGGGUGGAUUUUGGAGAAUUGAAAGUAGUUUUUAUGUUGUUUCUUAUCCUGGAGGAAAACUUGUUGUAGGACAGUUUCCAGAGAGAUAAUACAUAUCCAAAAUGGUG